AUGGCGUCGGCAGUCUCCGCGAUGGGAGGUCCCCCGAACGUUUGUCAUCUGUUCUCGAAGGCGACCUGUGUGCAUUCGAAGGUCCGUGCGCGCGCGUGGAUUCCUGUCUCUCAUCUACCUCGGGGAAUUUCCAGUAUUUCUUGUCUUUCCAAUAUUUUAUUCAACUGAGAGGAAAUUUCGUGCGUCACAGAGGGGAAAACCUGAAAUCACGCAAGGAAAUUCGCACGACCAACGCAGACCUUCCGAGUCUUGUGGUGAGUUUGUCAUCGUGAUAAUCUUCCCUAAUUAGGCUUAACGGUUAGUUUUCUCCUGAAGAGAUUAAUAUGUUAGAAAAUAAUGCGCUCUUAACGCCCACUGGUGAGGAAAUUUUAUCGCUUAGUCUACGAGAACACUCACUAUGUUCCGGAAUGCCAUGCAUAAAGUAACAUCAGGGAAGAUCAUGCUGUGUCCAGCAAAUUGGGGAAAAAAAUUCAGUUAUGUAAUGUUGGACAAGAACAUUUCGUAGAAGGCUAAUGACGAUAUGGAUUGGAGUGGCCUUCCAAUGCAUGAUCCUUUCGUUCAAAUCAGUAAUUGGAAACUCUGGUUCACAGGAGAUGUGCACAUGUAUUUUAGGUAGUCAUACAUUAGGGGCACACUGAUGAAUUAAUUACUUUAGGCCUUCUUCAUCAGCCUUGCUGUUUCGGAUUUGCAGAGACCAGUGGGAUUGCUGCGGUUGGAAGCACCCUUGAAAGGAGGAAACUCUUACUGCAGUCAACUGUGGGAUUCCUCGCCGGGGUGAUUCCAGUUGUUGUGAAGAAAGAGGUAGCGGUAGCCUCCGAAUUUGCUGACAGUGAGUUUGAAACCUCGAAAUCUUAUAUCUUUUUAUUUCGGAGGCAUUUUUGUGAGUUGCAAGUCUAAAAUUGUUUGAAUGCUUGGAAAAUGUGCAAGUUUUCAAUAAUUUAGCAUUUUCCUGUUUAAAUUAAGAAGAAAUAGUAUCUCCCCCUGAAAAAUUAGAUCCACUUCAGAGGCGAUGUGACAUUUUUAUUGCAUUCCACAGGAAGUUCCCUUUCUCAAUUCUGAUUAUUCCUUAGGGGAAAGACUCUUUAAUAACUUUACUGAAAUCAUCGAAACAGUGCCUGCUCUACGAGGAAAAGAUUAUGGAAAAUCAAAAAUGCGGUAUCCAGAUUACACUGAAACACCAUCAGGCCUUCAGUACAAGGUUAUCGGACGCACAUGUAAUCUUUCCUUCUGAGUUGUACAUUCUGGGGAUUCUGAGAGGCUGAUUCCUGUUGAAAUGUUGAAAGGACUGCAGGACUUGCGUGUAGGAGAAGGACCCACUGCUAAGAUUGGAGAAAUGGUGGUGGUGAGUAAAGAACGGUCUACUUUUGACAUUUCUUUGUGAUUCAUUAAUUGCUCGUAACUAUCAUUGAAUCACUCUGGAAUUGUGGUUGACUGGCAUAGAGCUCUAAUACAGCCUUUAUGUUUCCAAGGUUGAUUGGGAUGGUUAUACAAUAGGAUACUAUGGUCGAAUAUUUGAGGCUCGAAAUAAAACAAAGGGUGGUUCAUUUGAGGUAAGAUUCAUAACCUUUUCCUUUUUAAUGAGUAGAGUGUACAGAUUUUGGUAUUAUUUUCAAAUGUGACGAAUGUGCAUCCUCCUGAAUCUUUGAUAAGUUUUGUUAGUUUUUUUCUAAUUGUUCAGCAUAUCUGUACGCUAAUUUUCAUAGUGCGGAUUGAAGCUCGUUGACUUGGUUGACUAGGUAUUUGCUGAACUUUGUAUUUAUAGAAAUUGAGUCAAAAGGAUGGGAAUGGAGAAUAUAGCUAAAUCACAGGGAAAUAAAAGGGCCACGCUUACAAGUGAUUCCUGGCGGAAAUAUUAAUUUAUCACGGAAUUUAGUAAUUUAUAAACAGAAUCUAAUGAAGCAGAGUCACAUAGUGCAGUACUUAUACAUGGAAUUUUAAGUUCAUUAUUACGUUAAUUAUUACAUUCAUUUCUUUGAUUAAAAAUUCUUGGAAAAAGCCAUAAUUUGUGACUUUCCUAACUGGAUCCAUAAAAUUAAUAACUUCUUGGUUUGGCCACAUGUCAAUCUUAGAAUUUCUUGGAAUUCAUAAUGUCUCUUUCUUCUUCUUUUUCCCUCAGAACCUCGUCAUUAUAUCUGCAAAAUUUGGGUAUCCAUAGCCGAUGAGAUAUGAAAUAUUGAUGCAUUCUUCACCUUGAUGUGCAGGGUGACGACAAAGAAUUCUUCAAAUUCAGGGUUGGCUCGCAAGAGGCAAGUCAUUUAUAAGUCUCCACAUAUGAAUCAAUAGAUUUGUCAAUAUUCCUUUUCUAUUUUCUGCAAAGUAUUUGGUGAAGAUUUUUUUUGUUCCUUUUUAUAGAAAAUAAUGUUAGCUCAUUGCUUUUGAAAGUAGGAGGUAACGCCCACCAAUCUAUAAAUGACAAAUCAUAUGCUACCACUUAAAUAUAUAUUAAACAUCUGGCUAAUCUAUUGAUUUUACCUUCUUCAGGUCAUACCGGCCUUUGAAGAGGCCAUCGUGGGUAUGGCUCCAGGUGGCGUCAGAAGGUGCUGUAUCUAACUUUCAUGGAUUCCUAUUUGCCUAAUGUGCUCCAAUCAGACAGAUUUUCCUAUGGUUUGUUCUAUCAGAAACAUAUUUUCAUUAUAUACUAACUUUCAUGCAUUAGUUUUUGCCUAAUGUGCUCCAAUCAAACAGAUUUUCCUAUGGUUUGUUCUAUUAAAAACAUAAUUUCAUUAUACUAACUCUCAUGGAUUCCUUUUCACCUGAUGUGUUCCAGUCAACCAGAUUUUCCCAUGGUUUUUUGUUCUAGCAAAAACGUAAUUUCAUUAUGCUAACUUUCAUGGAUUCCUCUUUGCCUAAUGUGCUCCAAUCAACCAGAUUUUCCCAUGGUUUUUUGUUCUAUCAAAAACAUAUUUUCAUUAUAUUGACUUUCAUGGAGUCCUGUUACCCUAAUGUGCUCUAAUCAAACAGAUUCUCCCAUGGUUUUUGUUCUAUCAAUAACAUAUUUUAGUUAUAUUGACUUUCAUGGAGUUCCUCUUUCCCUAAUUUUCUCUAAUCAAACAGAUUUUCCCAUGGUUUUUUGUUCUAUCAAAAACAUAUUUUUGUUUUAUGAAAGAUGAUGAAAUUAUUUCAUAUAAUUUCAGGGCAUCCGUCUCACUCUCUUCUUUACAGCAAUGCAGGAUCAUAGUGCCCCCGGAGUUGGGAUAUCCGGACAACGACUUCAACAGACUUGGCCCCCGGCCGACAACCUUCUCGGUAAUAAUUUGGGUGGGUUGACCCCUGCUCGUAUUGUCAGAAAUCCUGACGCUAUCCGUUGACCUGUGGCAGGGUCAGAGGGCCUUGGACUUUGUUCUGAGGAACCAAGGGCUGAUCGACAAGACCCUCCUCUUCGACAUCGAGCUCCUCAAGAUCAUACCCAGCAAUGCCCAGGUCAACUCUUUCUGA